AUGAGAGCUAUUACAUGUAAUCAAUCAGCAGCUUUCUUUGUAGAUGGCCCCGGCGGUACUGGAAGGACUUACCUUUAUCGUGCAAUUCUUGCUUCGCUAAGGAGUAAUGGUCUCAUAGCUAUUGCAACAGCCACAUCUGAUAUUGCAGCUACUAUUGUACCUGGAGGAAGAACAGCACAUUCACGAUUUAAUAUUCCUAUCAACUUAUUGUCCACCAACACUUGCUCUAUAAGCAAGCAAUCAGAUUUGGCGGAACCUCUAAGGCGUGCAGUUGUUCUUAUAUGGGAUGAAGCCACUAUGAUUCAUAAGAGAGCAAUUGAGACUUUAGAUAGAAUCUUACGAGAUGUAACAGGCAUGGAAACACAAUUUUGUGGCAAAGUGAUGAUUCUUGGAGGAGAUUUUCGUCAAGUUCUUCCCGUUAUGCCUCAUGGAACCAAAGCGCAACUGAUAGAUGCACGCAUUGUAAAGUCCUCAUUAUGGAACGAGAUUCAAGUUAUCCGAUUGAAACAUAAUAUGAGAGCUCAACAAGACCCUGAUUUUGUAGAAUUCCUACUCCGUGUUGGUGACGGAAAUGAGUCAUUUGUAGAAGAUGAUAUGAUUAGAAUCCCGGAUUCAUUUGUUAUUCCUUGGCAUGGCGAUGAAUCAAUCGGUCAGCUUAUUGGUUUUGUAUUCCCAAGAUUAGAGGAGAAUGCUUUCAACAUUUCUUAUAUGGUUGAUAGGGCUAUCAUCACCCCAAGGAAUGAGGACAUUGACAAGUUAAAUGAAGUGGUGUUAAACUCAUUUCCUGGGGAACAACACAUUUAUUACUCUUUUGAUAGAGUUGACGAUGACCCUCAAAACUUAUAUCAACAAGAGUUUUUGAAUUCUAUAACUCUAGGUGGCUUACCUACUCAUAAGUUGACAUUGAAGUUGGGUGCACCAAUCAUGCUCCUUAGAAAUAUUGAUCCAAAAACUGGGUUAUGCAAUGGAACAAGGUUGAUAUGUUGGCGAUUCUUUCCAAAUUGCAUUGAUGUUGAAAUAUUAACUGGGCAUUAA